AUGUCACGCUUUAUACUUGAAAGAUGCCGUGAACUCCAUGAAGAAAUGGAGUGUUUGGAAAAGUCUAUUGCUCUAUUGUUUUCAAAGCUAAAACAGGGUUCAAAGGGUUCUCUUCUAAUUGAAAUAGUUAUUAAAUUUUUAGCUCAGAAGAUGCAAAAAAAUGCAUCAGAUAUCCUUUCAAUAUACUCUGAUUCAUCAGGAAAAAGAAGAUCUGAAAUAUCUUUCUUAGGUGGUAUAUCUAACAACGAUAAAAAUAAUGAAGAUUCUACUAGUACUAGUAAAGAUGAUGUAUGGAAAAAUUAUUAUGAAAGGAUCCGGUCAAUAAAGGCUUCAGAUAAAGAUUUAAAUAGCUUAAUAGAACCCAAAUUAACAAAGAAAAAUAUAUGUCAGAAAAUUAUAGAGAAUAUGAUUAAUGAUGUAUUUACAUCUGAUAUAUUGAAUUUGAUGUUUACACUAGAAGAAGAUUAUGGUAAUAGACUUGAUAUGCACCACUUAUAUAUUCAAUUUAUUAAUAUUAAGAAGAUUCAUGAUUAUAAAAUAAGUAAUACUAAAUCAUAUAAUUUAAAUAAUGGUGCAGAAAUAUUACCUUUAAGUUCGACAAAAAAGGCAAUAAAUAAGACUUUUGAAUCAAUUGAUUAUGUAACAUAUCUUGGUUCAUUUGAAAAGUUUUCAAGUAUAUCACGAUUCUGUAAGUAUCGUAAUAAUGAAUAUGAGUAUUAUAUUAAUAAACUUUUGGAAUAUCUUGAACAAUUUUUUAUUAAAACACAUCCAUUAGUAGAUUCUAUAAAAAUUAGAAGUAGAUUUGAAAGUGAAUUUGAAUCUAAAUGGUUAGAUAAUUCAAUACCAGAAUGGUGUACCCCCUCUCAUAAGAUGAAAUUUUAUUCUAUAUUUACUGAUAGCUUGUUUUCUUCAGAAGGCAUCUAUUCAAGUCAUAUUCAAGGUAAAAAGUACAAACGUGAGAAGAUGAAGUAUUUGUCAAGUUCUAUUGAAGAGCAGAAUAUGCGUAUUCAAAAUAGUAUAGCUUAUGAUAAAUCAAUGGCAAAAACAGAGUUCUUAAUUGGUAAAUACUGUAUUUUAUUAAAUGUAGAACGCAAUAAUACAAUAGAUUAUCUCCAUAAUACUCAAAGUCGAACAGUAAGGGAAUUUACGGAAAAAUUAGACCAUUUUAAUAUUAUUGAAUUUAUAAAUAAUAUAUUGUCAAAUGAGAAUACUCAAGAUGAAGAAGAUAAAGUAUUAGAUUCUGAUGAAGAUAUAGAUGAACUUGAAGAAAAUAUUCAUAAUCCACUUGGAUUACCUGUUGGAUUAGAUGGGAAACCAGUACCAUAUUGGUUAUUUAAAUUACAUGGCUUAGGAAUUGAAUUUAAAUGUGAGAUUUGUGGUAAUUAUAGUUACUGGGGACGUCGUGCAUUUGAACGUCAUUUUCAGGAAUCUAGACACUCAAAUGGUCUGCGUACAUUAGGUAUUCCAAAUACUUCACAUUUUAAAGAAAUAACGAAGAUAAAAGAUGCACAAAAAUUAUAUGAAAAACUUAGUAGAAAUGUAGAGGCUAAUACUUUUAAUGAGCAGGAGAUUGAAAUGGAAGAUACUAAAGGCAACAUACUAUCUUUGAAGUCUUAUCAAGAUUUACGUCACCAGGGCUUAAUCUAA